ACGAUAGGUGGAUGGAUGGAAACCCAGAAAAUGCAAGGGUGCAAGAAGAGAAAUACCUAAGUGCGGGAUCACUCCAAAUUGGGAACUCACCAAUUUUGUGGUACUUUAUGUCAUAACCUAGGUACCCAGGUACUUCUUAGGUACCUAGCCAGGUACAUAGUAGUGCAUCACUAAGUUGCUCAAUCUUUUCAUCCUUACCUAAUCUUAUGACCUGACUUGGCGAUCUGCUGGCGAUCUGCAGCCUGCAGCUGUUAAAAUCAAAUCCUCUUUAACCAAACUAAAAACAGCCCGUCGCGUCCGCGUCUCUUUAGGCGCGUUCCUCAUAUGCCCCAAGAAAGGAAAUACAGAUAAAUAAAGUAAAAAAGAAGAACGAAAGGGAUUCUGUUAUUGCUUAUCUAAACUUUACCUUCCCGAUGAGCAAGUAUCUCCGACCAUGCCGGGCACCGGGGGCGAUGAUUUAUUCAAAUCCCUGAAUCAAGCGCAGUCUCGUGCUGUCAGCUCCCGUGCCCCUACCGUCGCUAUCUUGGCUGGUCCGGGUAGUGGUAAGACUCAUACUCUCACCUCUCGUGUCGUUUGGCUCAUCGACCAUGUUGGAAUCCGGCCGUGCGAUGUCAUCGUUGCAACCUUCACCGUCAAGGCAUCCAACGAGAUGAGAAUCCGUAUCGGCCAGGCGCUAGGAAAUGGUCGCGAAAAGAAGAUCGUGCUGGGCACUUUUCAUAGCAUUGCCCGUAAAUAUCUGGCUACCUAUGGCCAACGUAUUGGGCUGGACCCCAAGUUCGGCAUCGCAGAUGACUCUGACUCGAGGGCUAUUAUCAAGCGCGUCUGCAAAAGAUUGGAUGCUCCGAUAGACCCUGCUAUGGCUCGUGGUUGGAUCAGCAAGCGCAAGGCCAAGGGGACUUCCGACGAACCAGCUAGCAAGGCUAAAAAACGGGAUGGCAUUGAAUCCAAGGCCUUGGAGCAAUGUUAUCAAGAAUACCAGGCUUAUCUCGAGCGAUCUAACUUGCUUGAUUAUGAUGAUCUUCUUACCCGUUGCGUUGAGCUCCUUCAAAAAUGCCCCGAUUGCGUUCGGAAUAUCGAGACGGUCCUGAUCGACGAAUAUCAAGAUACAAACGGAGUGCAGUAUGAAUUAAUGAAACUUUUCGCUCAGAAGAAUAGACGUAUAACGAUAGUGGGUGACCCGGAUCAAAGUAUCUAUGGUUGGCGGUCGGCAGAAAUAAGGAAUUUCCAUCGCCUGCUUGCUGACUUUCCCGGUACCGACGAGAUAUCUCUCGAAGAAAACUAUAGGUCGUCAAGUUCCAUUCUCGACGUAUCCCUGAGAGUCAUUCAGCAAGAUGAUGAAAGAUAUAAGAAAGCUCUCUUACCAAUCCAUGCUAAAGGUACACGGCCAGUCCUUCGUAUGCUAAAAAGCUCUACGACGGAGGCGGAUUGGAUCGUCUCGGAGAUCAAGCGCAUCAAAUUAAUGUCUGGACAUAUGAUUAACUCUAAUGACAUCGCGAUUUUGCUUCGAUCUGCCUCAUUAUCCAGGCACAUUGAAUCUGCUCUGGGUAGAGAAGGUAUCGCUUACCGAAUGGUCGGUGGUUUCAAAUUCUACGAGCGGGCUGAGAUUAAGACCAUAUUAGAUUACUUGCGAGUAAUAUAUCAGCCCGAUAAUAACGACGCUCUUGCACGUAUCAUGAACGUUCCAAAGCGUGGUAUCGGUGAUGUAACAGCUAGGUCGCUGCUGGAAGAAGCUGAACGCAACUCUAUAAGCCUAUGGGAGCUGCUGAGGAAACACUGUCGAGGUGAGCGAACAGCAAAGACAACCAUUAGGAAGCAGGCAGAGCAGAAGAUUGGCGGUAGCCUUAUUAAGUUAAUCACCAACCUGCAAAAUCAGUUGCGACCGAGUGACGGGACUCCGGUAAAUUUGAUUGAGAUCAUCAAUCAGCUACUUAAAGACCUGCAAUUUGAGAAGCACCUUGAGGAGACUCAUGGACCCGAGUAUGAGCUGCGAUGGGCGAACGUUCAAGAAUUUGUGAGCCUUGUCACGGAAUUCGUACAUCAGGAUAAGCCGGAAGAAGAGAUGCUGCCAGUUCUUGAAGAUACUCAACAGAUGUCAGACGAUAACGUACUAGCACGAUUCUUGGCUAAUGUUACGCUAGCCUCCGACAAGCAGACUGAUGAUAAGGACAAGGAUGGGAAGCCUCAAGUCACAGUUUCCACAAUACAUGCUGCGAAGGGCCUAGAAUGGCCUGUCGUCUUCAUCCCAGCAGUCUAUAAAGGAUCUAUACCGCAUAUGAGAUCCGACGACGACAAGGAAGAGCGACGCCUUCUCUAUGUAGCAAUGACUCGAGCCCAGGCCUUACUAUAUCUUAGCUGUCCCUUAUAUUCAUCCGGCGGUAGCAAAGAAGCUCUUCAAGCUUCUCCUUUCAUUGAAAAUCUCCCAUCUUCAACCUUCCUCAAGAAAGGGCCAUCUCUCGACCGUCCAGUUAUGUCAGAAAUUGCCAGGAUAUUAGGCAGAAGCCUCCCCUCAGAAACUGACAUCUACAAAGGCGUACCGAUGAUGGCAGCUGUAGAAGACAAUCUCUUCCCAGUUGAUCCGAGCCAAGCGCAGGAAUCUUCUAGCGUUGUAAAGACUCGCGGAUACGCUCAGCGGCCCGAACAGCAUAAACGACAGAAAAUCAAUCAUACAAGUGCUCAGGUUGCUGAGGAAUCGGUCGAUGGCUGGGCUGCUCCGUACGAAACGACAAUGCAAAAAUCUGCUUCAUUUACGGUGCCACAGCUGCCUCCCCAAGUGGGUUUCACGACGGCUGGGGCUCAUUAUGCGAGUGCUGGUGAAAUUGAGACGAGUAAAGCUCCUACAAAAGCCCUUCAAGGGUCAGGAACAAAAAGGCCAUCAACAAACCGGACUCCUUCUCAAAGAAGUUUAAUCGGUUAUGGAUACGGUGUAACAAAUCAUGAUAAGUCUAAGCAACCUGAUGAUACUAUAUCCACAACAAUUCCGAAGUCAAACCAACCUGCAAGAUAUCCCCCUCGCCCCUACCAUCUACCCCGAGGCAACGGACAACGUACAGGAUCACGGUUAACCGCAUCAGCGGAGGGACUUCGUCAGAUACAGCAGAAUGCUACCACUGAGCCUAAUUUAGCAAGUCACAAGUUGGGCUCCGCCAAGUUAUCAAGUAGGCCCCCCACGAAUAACCAAAUAAUAAAGGAAGAACCAACGCCAAAACCAAAACAAUAUGCGUGUUUCUCGAGCUCGCCAGCCAAGCCGCAGCCGGCAGACGAGAAAGAAGAGAUUGCAAAUGAAAAUGAGGGGUCGGUGGAAGAGCAAACACGUCCCGCAAAGAGCUUUCAUUCCACGACAGUGAACUAUGGGCUAAACGUUGGUUGGAGAGGCAGUGGUAUUCAGAAACCAGCACCUCUUGGACGAAACGGUAUUACUCCGAUGGAUCGUUUGAAGAAGCCCUUCAAGUUAACUGUCAAGCGGCCUAAUGUAAAGUAGAAAUAUCACGUAAGUAACUAAUAUAGCAACAAGGAAAUGUUUCGUUGUAUUAGUAAACCCAGGUGACAAGGUAUCGCAACGAGGAGCUCCUAUCUAAUAGAGGUGUCUAAACA